AUGGCGAGUGGCACGAGGGAUCUCGGCGUGGCGCUUGCUGUCCUGCUCCUGCUGUUCAUGCUCGGGGCCUCCGCCGCUGCCGCGGUCGUCCCCAGCAUCGACGCCACGCGGACCCGCCACCUGCCGCUGCCGCCUGGACUGCUGCGCGGCCCGGAGAGCGUCGCCUUCGACGCCAAAGGCAACGGCCCAUACAGCGGCGUCUCCGACGGCCGCGUCCUCAAGUGGAACGGCGACAGGCUCGGCUGGACGACGUACACUUACAGCCCUGGAUACAGCAGCGAGGCGUGCACGGCGUCCGUCCGCCGCCCCGAGACCGUGACCGAGAGCCGCUGCGGCCGUCCGCUGGGCCUACGGUUUCACCUCAAGUCUGGCUACUUGUACAUAGCCGACGCCUACAAGGGGCUCAUGAGGGUCGCGCCAGGAGGUGGGGAGGCGACGGUGCUUGUGACGGAGGCCGAUGGCGCUCCUCUCCGUUUCACCAACGGCGUGGACGUCGACCAGGUGACCGGUGAAGUCUACUUCACCGACAGCUCUAUGAAAUAUCAAAGGUCACAACACGAGAUGGUAACAAGAACCGGGGACUCGACAGGCCGCCUAAUGAGAUAUGAUCCACGCACAGGAAAAGUGAUUGUGCUAAAGGCCGGCAUCACUUACCCCAAUGGUCUCGCCAUCAGCGUUGACCAGACACACCUCGUCAUCUCAUCGACCGGGCCGUGCAAGUUGUUGAGGUACUGGACCAAAGGUCCCAAGACAGGCACGAUCGAACUGUUAACUGAUCUACCGGGCUAUCCUGAUAAUGUGAGCCCGGAUAAGAGAGGAGGAUACUGGGUGGCAUUACAUCAUGAGAAGACAGAGCUCCCCUUUGACGUUGAUAGCCAUCUACUUGCCUUGAGGAUCAAUGCUGAUGGAAAAAUAAUCGAGGAGAUGAGAGGACCCAAAGGCAUGAGGCCGACAGAGGUGGUGGAACGGACAGGCGGUAGACUAUUUGUGGGAUCCGUCGAGCUUUCUUAUGUGGCCGUGGCCACCCGCAAAUAG